UUUAUUACUCCGGGUGCAGGCAUAGACACAAGUUCCCAUGCUGAACUUACUGCUGUAUCACAUGCCGCUAGUGAAGUCAAUUAGAAAAUGUCCUCAAAGAAAAAUAAAAGCAAGUCUAAACGAGGAAAUGAAGGCGAUAACUCAAGCGGUCUGAAAGAUGGCUCCGGUGAUUCAACAAACUUACAGAACUCCACCGUUGGAGCAAACAGCAACACCGGCAACGACUCAUUUGCUGUCAUCGACUUCAUUGAGAAAGAAGAGGAUAAAGUCCCUAAGAGAUGCAGGGCAUUUCUCGUCCAGCUGAGCCUUAAUGCAAUGAAGACUGCUAACAUUUGCAUCGGAAGACCGGUGCUGUUGUCAAGCAGUACAGGUCAACAAGAGGUGUGCCUGGCCUGGCCUACUGCAGGUCUCCCAGGAGGGAGAGCAGGCCUGCAGAAGAGCAUCCAGAGCAGUCUGGGGGUCCAGGCUGGGGGCGUGGUCUCUCUCCAGCCUAUCACAGGCCCCGUGCUGCAGGCGCAUGAGCUGCUUCUGUCCACCAGACAAAAAGACGAAUCUCUAGAAAAAGAAGAAUUCAGCAACUUCUUGGUCCGCUCUUUGGAUGGGAGGAUUCUUCUCCCUGGAAACUCCCUCUCUCUGACGUACUUUGGGCGAGCUUGCAGCCUGUGUGUGGAGGUUGUGAAGGGCGUGGAUGGAGGCACCUUGGCCCUGCCCUCCAGACAGGGCACUGGGGAGGCCUCUGGGACGAGCUCUGCCCUGGGCCCCAUACAGGACUCUGGGGAGGCCUCUGGGACGAGCUCUGCCCUGGGCCCCAUACAGGAUUCUGGGGAGGCCUCUGGGAUGAGCUCUGCCCUGGGCCCCAUACAGGACUCUGGGGAGGCCUCUGGGAUGAGCUCUGCCCUGGGCCCCAGCUUGGUGGACCUGUCUCUGCAGCUCAGCCUGCUGACUGUGGAGGAUGGAGGACCAGGCUCAGCUGGAGACAGUGGCCCUGCAGCCAGCACCCCCUGCCGGCCCCAGCGUUCCUCCUCUCCCUCCUCCUCAUCUCCCUUUACUCCUGCCUACAACCCCCAGACUCCCCUCACUCCUGCCUACAACUCCCAGAAUCCCCACACUCUCUCUUCCAACCCCCAGACUCCCCUCACUCCUGCUUUCAACCUCCAGACUCCCCUCACUCCCGCCUCCAACUCCCAGAAUCCCACUGACCUCCUAGAGAGCAGCGCCAGUUUAGAGAACACCAGUAUUCUUUGUCCUGAGGAGACCGACACAGUCAAGUCGCCCACAGUGCCAUCUGGUGGGGCUCUGUGUACUGACACCUUCUACUGCAUCUCAGCCUCCACAAAGAUCCGGCUCAGAGACAGACAGGCAGGCUCUCAGCGGGGGCGGGAUGAAACACAGGCCGAAAGGUCAAAAGUCACGUUCAGUAUGAUUGGCGGUCUCAGCAGCCAGUUAGAUGUGAUCAGGGAGACCAUUGAGCUGCCGCUAAAACACCCUGAACUGUUCUCCAACUACGGGAUCCCACCCCCCAGGGGAGUGCUCCUAUACGGUCCUCCAGGAACAGGGAAGACUAUGAUUGGACGAGCCAUAGCCAAUGAGGUUGGGGCCUACAUGACGGUGAUCAAUGGUGCAGAGAUCAUGAGCAAAUUCUAUGGUGAGACUGAAGCAAGGCUAAGACAGAUAUUCAUUGAUGCUGCUCAGAGGCAGCCUGCGAUCAUCUUCAUCGACGAGCUAGAUGCUCUGUGUCCCAAACGCGAGGGGGCGCAGAACGAGGUGGAAAAGCGUGUCGUAGCUUCUCUACUCACCCUCAUGGACGGGAUUGGCUCAGAGGGCCAUUCGGGGCAGCUGCUGGUCCUAGGGGCCACAAACCGCCCCCACGCCCUGGACCCCGCCCUACGCCGGCCCGGACGCUUCGACAAAGAGCUGGAGGUGGGCGUCCCGGGGGCGGCCGAACGAGCGGACAUCCUGCAGAAGCUGAUGAGCGCUGUGCCUAGCAGCGUGAGCCCAGAGGAACUCGCCCAGCUGGCUGAUGCUGCGCACGGAUACGUCGGGGCUGACCUGGCAGCUGUGUGCAAGGAGGCAGGACUGCGUGCGCUGAGGCGAGCGUUGGGCGGUGGCGUCCAGCCAUCAGACGUGGAGCUGAGAGGAACCGUGAUGGUGACCUUCCACGACCUUCAGCUGGCCAUGUCAGAGGUCAAACCCAGCGCCAUGAGGGAGGUCGCCAUUGACAUCCCCAAGGUGUGCUGGUCAGACGUGGGGGGGAUGGCGGAGGUGAAGGUGCAGCUCCUGCAGGCUGUGCUGUGGCCCCUGAGACACCCUGAAGCCUUCUGCCGGAUGGGCAUCCUGCCUCCCAGGGGACUCCUGCUCUACGGGCCCCCUGGAUGCUCCAAGACGAUGAUCGCCAAGGCCCUGGCCAAUGAGAGUGGACUCAACUUCCUGGCUAUCAAGGGUCCAGAGUUACUGAGCAAGUACGUGGGAGAGUCGGAGCGGGCCGUCAGAGAAGUGUUCAGGAAGGCCAGAGCUGUGUCUCCCUCCAUCGUGUUCUUUGAUGAGAUCGAUGCACUGGCAGGAGAGAGAGGAGGGUCGUCGGGUGGCGUUGGGGACCGUGUCCUGGCCCAGCUGCUGACCGAGAUGGACGGCAUCGAGCAGCUCCGCAACGUGACCGUGCUGGCCGCCACCAACCGACCUGACAUGAUCGACAAGGCCCUGAUGCGACCCGGUCGUCUGGACAGGAUUGUCUACGUGCCCCUCCCAGACGCCGCCACGCGCCGGGAGAUCUUCUCUCUGCAGUUCCGCAGCAUGCCCGUGGGCCCGGACGUCAGCCUGGACGAGCUGGUGACCCGGACGGAGAAGUACUCGGGUGCCGAGAUAACAGCAGUGUGCAGGGAAGCAGCCCUCCAGGCUCUGCAGGAGAACAUUACAGCCCAGAGCAUCGCAGCCGGACACUUCCACAGAGCUCUGCAGGCCGUCACGCCCAGGGUCCCGGACGCUCUCAUCCAGUCGUACGUCAACUACCAGCAGCAGCGAGGCCUGCGUCUCUUCUGAUGUCCCUGGGGAAGAAGGCCAACCUUUAGGACUGUUCAGGACGGAGCAGAGAAGUGUCUCUGUGUUACAGAUGGACACCAGCCAAGGAAUGGGACUGUGAUAGGAAGGAGAUUCUUCUCCUUGUUGCUUUCUAAGGAUCCUCUGUCAGUGUUUAGUAUUUAUCUUUUGAUUAUCACUUUAGAUAUUAUUAUUUUUUGGACUGUUGUGGGAUUUGGAAUCUGAUCUGCCCAGGUUGUGCAUUUCGUAGAUUAAUGUAAUAAAUAAUGUAAUAAAUAUGUUGUUACUUAAUGUGU